AUGGCAUCCGACCACCCAAAAGAUGUCCUGCACACAGUCAAUAUCGUGACACAGGCACUAUGUAUUCCUAUAGUGACGCUCUUCGUGGCCUUGCGGGUCUACACCCGGGUCUUGUUCAAGAAGAAAUUCGAAAUUGAGGACUAUUUCUGCGGAGUCGCAUGGCUACUGUUCAUGGGAUACUGUGCCAUUGGCAUAGUCCUCAGCUUCCAUGGAGGGGGGUAUCACAUCGACACCCUCUCCGAUGAACAAAUCGAGGCAUUCAAGAAAUUUUGCUAUAUCGCCACGACCCUCUACUGCCCCAUGGCUCUCUUCGUCAAGAUUGCCCUUCUCGCCAUCCUCGUCCGCAUAUUCUCUCCCUACCGCAGAAAAGUGUGGUUUAUCUACAUAUUCCUCGGUUGUCUGUGCACCUAUUACGUGGUUGCGCUCAUCGUCAAAAUCCACAUGUGUAAUCCCAUUCCCCGGUACUGGAUGGGUGAAUUGGUCCCAGGCUCUUGCCUAGACCAGACAGCCGCCCUCAUCGCCGACUCGGUGAUCAGUGUGGUCAGCGAUUCUAUCAUUCUUAUACUCCCGCUGCCAUUGACUUGGUCAUUGCAAAUGCCACGCAACCGAAAGCUUCGUGUGAUGGGUCUGCUCGGUGCGGGCGGCUUGGCCACCGGAUUCAGUCUGUAUCGACUGGUGCUGGUAAUAAAGGACGGCAGCUCAGCCGAUCAAAGUAUUGUUUUCAUACAAGUUAUUUUGUCCGGUAACGCAGAAGGAGGUAUCGGGCUAAUCUGCACAUGUCUCCCCGUCCUAAAUCUCCUCAUAGCCCACCACUGCAAGAACCUCUCAUCAAACAAAUCCUACAGCCAAAGCUCUGAGAUUCAGCUCGGAAAGCGCAAGUCUGGCACAAGCUUUAAACCUGCCUCAGAAUGGCUCAGUUCCUCACAAUUUGGCGACCAGAGUCACCUCACCUCUUACGCCGACGCACCGGAGAACAAUUCCCCACAUGCGGAGGAUGGCAUUUGGAAGACCAUAUCUGUGUCACAGACUAUAGAGACACAUACCACGGGAGAUCCAAGUGCAAGUGGCGCUGGUAAAGUUCGAUGA